AAAUUGACGUGAUAGGUAUCAACAAAUAAAGUUCUCGCAAUCUUAAUAACUUCAAAUUUCCAACCUGUUGUUCAUACGUAUUUUAAUAAACAUUAAACAUUUCAUUCACAAAUCGCUAACCGCAGUCCGCGGUAGUUUAUAAUGGAGCUAAUAUACUCUAUGAGACGCAAGCCACUUAAAUGUGAACCUCCGCACUUUGAAAAUGUAAAAGACUCUGAAGUAGUCCGACCAAUUUGUACAAUAUCAUGUGCAAAUAUCAUAGCAUUCUCAUCACCGACAGAGCUUAGUGAUGUGGACGGAGCAACAUGGGGAGGUCAUGUGUAUGUAUGUGACUUAGAUACCCCAUGGAACAGUCACAAAGUUACAAGUACAGCUUAUCCGGUGUCAGCUCUAGAGUGGGACCUGGAAGGCAAACAGUUAUUAGUAGCCACUACAGUGGGUGAUGUGUCUGUCUAUGGACAGAAAGACUUCCUCCUCAAUGAUUGGACAUGUCUUUACAGUGCUAACUUCCCUGGAGAACACAUAAUCCAAGGGGCCUUUUUCCACAAUGGACGUCGUGUGGUGGCUGUGGAUAAAAAAUCAGAUGCGGUUAUCCCUGAAAAAAUACAAAUGCUUCGGUUCUCCCCUACUCUCAAGGGAUUUGGCGGCGUAGCUUGCGAGGGCGUGCUGGUGGUCACAGCCAGCGGUCUCAUCUGUGUGGCAGUGUCCCCGGGCGGAGACUCGAGGACCGCGCUGGUGGCCACCGAAGGCCUUCGCCCCCACAGGGAUCACGUCACCGCCGCUGCUAUUUGUUAUAAAGGUGGCAGCCCCGUGGUGGCGCUGUGCUGCGCGGACGGCUGCGUGCGCUGCGCCGCCGUCACCGUCACCCGCGCGCCCCCCGCCGCCCCCGCGCUCGCCCUGCAGCCGCUGCCGGCCAUCCACCUGCUGCACGAGGACCCGCCCGCUGCCGUGGCCUGGAGCUGCCGCGAGGACUCGGACUGCCUGCUGCUGGCGGGCGCCGCGCUGUCGCUGUGGAAGUGCAGCGAGCGGGCGCACCCCGUGCACAAGGUGUUCGCGAAGGGUAACCUGCAGAGCAACCCCACCGCGGGGGGCGGACAGAAGGCGGCCGCGGACUGCUUCAACACCCUGGUGUGGCAGCGUACGGCCGUGCUGCAGCAGGAGGGGGGCCGCGCCGUGUCCGUGUGCGGGGCGCGCUUACCGCAGUCCGUGCCCGCCGUGCUGCUGGCCACGCCGCACUCCGUGCACUACAAGCCCAAGGACAGUCACGUGGCGUUGAUCAGCAGGCCGGUGACGAGCCACGGCGCGGCGGACGCGCAGGCCGGGGGCGCCACUCCGCCCAAGAACACUAAAUACGGCCCGGGGGUCGCGCCGGGGGGGGCGCGGUGCGCGCUGGUGUCGUGCGCGGCGGUGAGCGCGCAGGGCGGCGCGGCGGUGCUGGUGGACACGCACGGACAGCUGCACGUGUACCGCCUGCCGCAGGUGUGGCCCGACCUGCUGCUGACCAACCCGGCGCUGUCGGUGCAGCUGGCGGUGAGCGCGCUGGAGUACGCGGCGGUGGCCGGCUGCGACUGUCUCGACGUGCUCCUGGCGCUGCGCCCCGGCGCCGCCGAGACCGUCUACGAGAGGUUCACGGAGUCGUUCCAGAGACAGCCGCCGGCGGUGCAGCAGUACUACCAGCAGAGCGCGCUCAAGCUGAGGAUAGCUCUGUGCAGGCUGUCGGCCCGGCUGACGGGCAGCGGCGCCUGGCUGACGUGUCUGCAGACGUGCGAGGUCGUGUGGGCGGCCGCCUCCGCCGCGCUCAAGCUGGAGGAGCGGCCCGACGGCGACUGCGAAGAGAACCACAUCGAGCAGGAUAAGUUGAUAGCGUCGCUAGAAGCGAAGGCGGAGGCGGGCGCGGAGCUGGCGGCGCUGCGCGUGUCGGUGCAGCGGGUGGGCGACAUCGCCGUCACCGCGCUGCUGUCCCUGUCGCAGCAGCCGCACCACCAGUCGCACGGGUACGAGCUGUGGUCGGACAACGGCGCGGUGUGGCUGCUGCGCAGGGUGCUGGCGCUGUCCCGGGGCACCGGCCGGCCGCACGAUGCCGCCGCGCGCUGCCUGGCCCGCCUCGCCGCCGCCGCGCCCGCGCUCAAGCAGGACCUGCUCGAGGAGUGCGCGUCGCUGGUGGCUCAAUGUCCGGGGCCGCGCGUGUGGGAGGCGCUCCCCCGGGUCAGUGUCUCGGCGCCUCAUCAGAAACCCGGACCCCACUAUUUGGAGUACGGAGUGGAGCCUGAUUCAUUGAAAUAUGCCCCGGAGCCGCCCCCCUACGUGCAAUGUGAAACUACACCCUCUCUAGCCAUGGACUCCAUACGGUACAUGUACCUCGGAGGAGGGUUGAGGCCGGCUCGCUGGCGGGGGUGCGCGCGCUGCGGGGGGAGGGCGCUGGCCGCCGCGCUGCCCGCCAGGCACCCGGCGCACAGGGCCUUCGACGCUCGCUUCGUCUCCAGCUGCAGAUGCGGAGGAAAGUGGACGCUGUUCACAAAUACUGAAAUGAAUUCAAACGAUAAAUAAACUUGCAAGUGAAUGUGAUAAAUAAUAAAAUGAAAUAACGUUUAA